AUGUAUAUAAGUAGAUACACCAGCUUAUUACUACAAUACAACUGUCACCUUCUCAUGUACCCAUAUCCCAUACCUCCACCACCGGUACCAACAUACUAUGCAGACGACAAUCGCAUUGUUCGUCGAUACGAGACUAACGGACGACCCGAACUGACGGGACCAUUCUUUGUCGUCAAGAUGGGCCAUCGACCUGGAAUUUAUCGCGCCAGACAUAUUGCUCGCAGAAUGACUGAGAACUUUCCAGACACUACUCCGACGUCGUGGGACACUGAAGAGGAGGCUUUAGCAUGGCUCUAUUCGCCCUACAUGCACGAGCUGGUUCUGCGAAACGAGUACUCCAUCAUCAAACGAGUCGUAUACUGCCAUGGAGUUCUUCAAGGUGUUCAGUCUGGAACCAUGGGCGGUCUGGGCUGUUACUUUGGCCAGUCAAACGAGUGCAACUUUUCAGGACCACUAGUAGGAACAACGCAAACCAAAACUCGGGUGGCAUACGCAGCUGUGCUCCAGGCUCUCAAGAUCAUCUCGUACAGAAGAGAGCACUAUCUGUGGCAGAUCAGAAGCACCAGUGCUGGAAUUCCCAAAACAAUUGCACAAGCCAGACAAGUCUGGAGAACUUCUCAGUGGCACAACAGUAAAAUUGUCCCAGAAGAAGGGAAAGAUGUGCUGGAAGCGAUAAUGACACUGUUGGACCGCUUCAUAAUCACGGUCGAAAUCAAUUGCCUGCUGGAUUUUGGACCCGUAGAGAGACAGGCAUCUAGUAUCCAUGCUGUAGAGAAGCUGGCUAUGGAUGGCGUCUACGAGCCUGUCUUCUACAUGCCUGAAGGGAAUUGA